GGCAAAUAGGAUAAUUAACAAACGAUGUAGAACAUGUGUAACUUUAUAUAAAGCUUGUAUGUCUGUGAGUGAAUGUCUGUAAAUCAAUAUAGUUCUGCAGUACAUGUAGCUUCUCAAGGGUUUCUUAACUCUCUCUCUCUCCUCCUCCCAGGUUUCUGCUCAGCAAGUCCUGCUGGCAAAGAGUUUGUCAAUGUUUUUCUGCAGAACAAUGACCCGAGCUCGGACUCGCGCCUGGAGGUGAUGAUAACCUCGUACUCUGCCUCUACCUUGGUCAAAGUGCAAGUCUACCAGUCCUCUUUCAGGAAGGAGUUCACUCUCUUCGCUGGCCAGAGGAUGUCUGUAGAGUUACCAAGGAAGGUUGAGAUGCGGGGUAACACCUAUUCCUCAAACGCUUACAUCGUGCAAGCUGAUAAAGAGGUCUCUGUCUUGGCAGUCAGCUGCAGGUCAAGAGCUUGUGUCACGUCCCUGCUUUACCCAGUUGGGUUCUGGGGCAACCAUUACUACGCCAUCACCCCUCAAGUGCCCCAGCAACAGACCUACAGGCAGAUUGUUAUCACCAACCACGAGUAUAAGAAUGACAUUGAAAUCUCCCUGACCAGCCAGGUCGCUUUUCAAGGCACCCUCUACUCCAAGGGAGAUGUGGUGAAGAUUACCCUAUCUGAGUUUCAGAGCGUGCAGCUGCAGGGUGGCAACAGCUUAUCCGGCACAGAAAUCAGGACGCGGAAAUCCGUGGGUGUGAUGUGCGGAUUCACCUGCUCCCCUCAAAACAAGUCAAAGUGUCACUAUGGGUUUCAACAGCUCAUCCCUGCCCCCAACUGGGGGCUCAGCUAUGUGGUGCCACCCCUGCCUUCCCCUUCAGGUUCAGACUUGGUCUACGUAGUCGCUUUCCAGACCACCAGGAUCCACGUCCAGUACAACACAGCCCAGCAACUGAAGGACAUGCCAGGUGGCACGGUAGCCCGGUUUCAGGUCGACCCCUCCAGUACCAUGUACAUCACAGCCUCCAAGGGCAUACAGGUGAUCUAUUUCUGCACAGGAAGUGUUCCUGGGGCUCUGCCUGCCAUCGCCCCCUUCAUGAUGGGCUUAGUAGACACUGACACAUACUGCUUCAGUUACGCCUUCAACGCAAUGCCGUCCUUUCAGAAUAACGCUGUGGUGGUGGCCAAGGGUGCAAAUGGGAUCCUGAUUGUGCUCGAUCAGAAACCCUUGUCCCCAGAUGUCCGCUGGAGUCCUGUGAAAGAGUCUGGCUACUCCUGGGCAGUGAUGAGCAUUGCAAACUCUGGGGAUCACAGCAUCAGGCAACAGGAUGGCAUUUUUGGGCUGUACAUUGUUGGCACUGCCCCAGAAAGUUCCUAUGGAUACCCGGCAGUGUGCACAGAACAAAUUGUGGAUCCUUGCCAAGUUGUGCGUUGUGGUUACAACAGCAGAUGUCAGGUUAUAAACAACAGUGCAGUCUGCGUCUCUGACUCAAGAACCUGCUGGGUGUGGGGCGACCUCCACUAUCACACCUUCGAUAUGACAGAUUUCAACUACCGAGGCAACUGCACCUACACCCUCGUCCAAACUCCCUGUGGGAGCUCCAAUGCCACCCCCUCUUUCACCAUCCAGGCAGCCAAUGAAAACAUAGGAAGUGCUUCGGUGUCCUUCGUCAGAACGGUCUUCAUCAUGCUUAUGGGAGUCAACAUCACAAUCGUGAAGGAGGAGCAGGCGUUUGUGAGGGUAAAUGGUGUUAAGCAGUACCUGCCUCUCGCUCUCCAGGACAGUAAAGUAAAGAUCUACUAUAGCGGGUCUUUCGCUGUUGUGGAAGCAGACUUUGGUCUUGCAGUGAAAUACGACUGGAACCACCACUUGGUGAUCAAUUUGGCCAGCAAAUUCUCGGGCCAAGUUUGCGGGCUCUGCGGCAACUACAACGACAACCCCGCUGAUGACUUUGUGACCCCGGAUGGCAAAGCAGUAUCAAACGAAACUGAGCUGGGCAGGAGCUGGAAGGUGAAGAGGGACGACGGUCCCUUUUGUGUUGACGACUGUAAUGGCCAAUGUCUGCAGUGUAGCGAUGAUCUGUCCCAGGCAUACGGGACUGUGAGAUACUGUGGUCUGCUUGUGAAGCAAGAUGGACCUUUCAGAGACUGCCAUUCCCGGGUCGACCCUGAAGCUUAUGUGCUUAACUGUGCCUUCGACCUGUGUAUCUACGAAGGAGACCAAACCCUCUUUUGCCGGGCUCUGAAGAUGUAUGCUGAAACCUGCCAAGAAGCUGGGAUCAAAGUGUAUGACUGGAGAGGGAUUACACAGUGUCCCAUGAACUGCCUGGACAGCAGUCACUAUGAGUCUUGUGGAUCUGCCUGCCCAGCAACCUGCAGUGACCCUGAAGCCUCAUCCAGGUGCCAGCUGCCUUGUGUGGAGACGUGCCAGUGCAACGCUGGGUAUUUGAGGAGCGGCAAUCUGUGUGUUCCUGCCCAACGAUGCGGCUGCACCUACCAGGGAUAUUACUACCCGCCCAAUGAGAAGUUCUGGGCUGACGAGAGCUGCACACAGCAGUGUUCCUGUGAUCUCUACACAAGCCAGGCGACGUGCAAACAAGCUUCAUGCAAACACUCUGAGGAGUGCAGGCUUGUCAAUGGGGUGCGGGGUUGUUAUCCUUCCCUUAAAUCCUUUAAAACCUGCUCAGCUGAGGGAGACCCUCACUACACCACCUUCGAUGGACGCUGGUAUGACUUCCAAGGCACCUGUAGUUACCAGCUGGUGGCGCUGUGCUCCUACAAUCCCAGUUUGACUCCAUUUGAGGUGCAUGUGCAGAACGACAACCGAGGAAGCACAGUGGUGUCUUACUCCAAGAUGGUAUGGGUGAAGGUGUAUGGCAUUGCCAUUGAGAUUGGAAAAGACUACAGUGGCAAGGUUCAGGUGGAUGGCAUCUUGACAAACCUACCUUAUUCUUUGAGUAAUGGCAAUGUGAAAAUAUACAAGAUUGGGAUGACUGCAGUUGUACGAACCGAUUUUGGUCUCGUGUUGACCUUUGACUGGAACAGCCGUGUCACUGUCACUGUGCCUGAUGCAUACUCUGGCUCCCUCUGUGGCCUUUGUGGGAACUACAAUGGUGAUCCUGCUGAUGAUCUGCUUGGGAAGAAUGGCCAGCCGGCCCUCAGCCCAGAUGCAUUUGGAGGGAGUUGGAAGACUGGAGAUGUUCCUGGCUGUAUUGAUGGAUGUCAGGGUUCCUGUCAAGUGUGCAGUGAUCAAGAGAAAUUGACAUAUGCAGGGAGUGGCUUCUGUGGAAGGAUCACAGACCCAAGCGGGCCUUUCAGAGACUGCCUUGGUGUUGUGGAUCCUAAGAGGUUCUUUGAGAAUUGCGUCUAUGAUAUCUGUAUCUACAAAGGUCUCCAGUCUGUCCUGUGUCAGUCUAUUGCUAGCUAUGUCGCUAAGUGUCAGGAAGUGGGGGCCAACAUCUACUCCUGGAGAUCAAAGGGCUUCUGUGAGAUGCCCUGCCCUGCCAACACCACCUAUGAGUUGUGCACAACUGCCUUCCCCCGAACCUGUGUUGACUCUCCAGUCCCUCUUGAAGCUCCCUGCAUGGAGGACUGCCAGUGUGCAUCUGGUUUUGUACUCAGUGGGGCGAGUUGUGUUUUGCCUUCAGAGUGUGGCUGCCGCUACAACAACGUGUACUACCAGGCUUGGGAGAGCUUUUUCCCAGACUCUCUGUGCCAGCAGCAGUGCAUGUGUGGGUCAGAUGGUAAGGUUGAGUGUCGCCCAUACUCCUGCUCCAAAGAUGAAGAAUGCAGAGUAGAAAAUGGAGUGCGCAAGUGCGCCCAGGUGACUGUUUCUGGGAAGUGCUCUGCCUCCGGGGACUCGCACUACCACUCCUUCGACGGGCGUGCCUUCGACUUCCAGGGCACCUGCACCUACACGCUGGCUGUGAGCUGCCCUAAAUGGGGAGCCAUGAGCAGUGUGGAGCCUUUCUCUGUGCGUGUGCAGAAUGAGAAGUGGGGCAGAGGGAUGGUGGAGCUGGGGAUUUAUGGGAGCAACUUUACCUUGACGAAGGGCCUGAUUGGAAAAAUAAAGGUCAAUGGAGUGCUGGAGAAUCUGCCUUUUGUUCUUGGUGAUGUCAGAGUUUACUGCAAAGGGGUCCAUGUGGUGAUUAAAUCAAACGCGGGUAUAAAAGUCACCUAUGAUCUGCAUUACCAAAUGUCUCUGACGGUGCCUCAAACAUACAUGGGCCAGAUGUGUGGUCUCUGUGGAAACUACAACGGGAGCCCGGGGGACGAUUUCCAGCUUGUGGACGGCAGCCAGACUACAGACGCCCAGGCGCUGGGGUCUUCCUGGAAGGUGUUUGUGCCGGGUGCUGACUGUGAAGAUGGCUGUGUGAAUGACUGCCCUCGCUGUGAUGCGACAAGGAUGGCAGUCUACAAAUCAAAGAUCUACUGUGGGAUGAUCACUGCUCCAAGUGGCCCCUUCAGUUCCUGCAUCUCCAAAGUGAAGCCCCAUAGUUUCUUCAAUGACUGUGUGUACGACCUGUGUCUGUCUGAUGGAGACGUCAAGCAACUGUGUCACAGCUUCCAGGCUUACACAGCUGCCUGCCAGGAGGCAGGGGUGAAAAUCCACCCCUGGAGGAACGAGUCUUUCUGUCCACUGCAGUGCCCCCCUUUCAGCCACUAUGAUCUUUGUGCAGACUCUUGUUAUUCUACCUGUAAUGAAGUUUCUCAUAUCUUGGAUUGCUCUGGGAAAUGCUCGGAGGGCUGCAAGUGCGACGCGGGCUACGUCUUUGACGGCCAUGUCUGUGUUGAAGCAGAGGCGUGCAGCUGCUUCGAGAAUGGAAGAAGAUACAGGCGUGGAGAGGUCAUGUUGAUGGAUAACUGCACAAAGAGCUGUACUUGUGCUCCGCCAGAACCAAACUGCAGGGAUUUCCGCUGUUCUCCUGACCAGACGUGCGGUGUCCAGAAUGGUGUUACGAGUUGUAUUGACCCAGGUGAAGGUGUUCCGCGGAUUAAUGUAUCGCAAGAUCUGUGCGAAGGAACUUGUGGCCUGAUGGAGACCUGUAGAGUGCAGAAUGGAACAGGGGUCUGUGUUCCUCUGUCCACAAAGUGCUGGGCCUGGGGGGACCCCCAUUACCGCACCUUUGAUGGGUAUAACUACGACUUCCAGGGCACCUGCACGUACAUUCUUGCCAUGAGCAACGGGAGCAGCUAUGGGCUGGUUCCCUUCUCCAUCAAGGAGAACAAGAAGAGAGGAGACUCAGCGGUGUCCUUUGUGAGGGUGGUGCACGUCUCUGUGCACGGCUUCAGGGUGUGCAUUCAGGAGCAGAGCACAGUCCUGGUCAACAAUCAAACAGCCAGUUUGCCCUUGACGCUCGCAAAUGGAAAGCUUCAGGUGUACCGGAGAGGCGUUGAGGUGAUACUGGAAACAGAUUUUGGCCUGCAGGUCUCCUAUGGUUGGAGUUCCACUCUCAUCAUCAACCUGCCUGGCAGCUACCAAAAUAAAACGGAUGGCCUCUGCGGCAACUUCAACGGCGUUCCUGAUGACGACCGGACGCUCGGGAACAGAGCCCAGGCAGCCACCGUCGAGGAAUGGGCCGCGAGGUGGAAGGUGAAUGAUGGAGACGAGCUGUGCUGUACCUCCUGCCAAGAGCAAUACAAACCCUGCUCGCCAGAGGAGACGUCCCUCUACAAGAGCCAGGUGUACUGUGGGAUUCUGAACCAGGAGGGUGGGGAACUGUUCGGCCAGUGUCGUCUUCUAGUCGACCCUGACCCUUUCUUCACGGGCUGCGUCAACGAUCUCUGCCAGCAUGGCGGCAGCAGGCAGGUUUUCUGCCAGGCUCUGGCAGCGUAUGCUGCCCUCUGCAGGCAAGAUGGGGCCACUGUCAUGGAAUGGAGGCACAUCUAUGGUUGUCCUUUUUUCUGCCCAGACAAUAGCCACUAUGAAUACUGUGGCAGCGCCUGUCCCCCCUCCUGUGGUAUUCCCCAGAUUAUGAUGUGCAUCACGUUGUGUGUGGAAGGCUGCUUCUGUGAUCGGGGCUACAUGUGGAGUGCGGAGGGGUGCGUCAAGCCGGAAGAUUGUGGCUGCGUCAGCGAUGGCCGUUAUUACAAGCCAGGGGAGAGCUUCUGGACCUCCAGCCGUUGUCCACAGAGUUGCACCUGUGACCCCGGGACGAAAACUAUCCAGUGCAAAAAUGCGCAAUGUGCUUCAGACCAGAGAUGCAUGCUCCUUGAAGGAGUCUUGGACUGCCACCCGGUCAGCAGCUUCAAGUGCACCGCCCUGGGCAGGUCUCAUUACAGCACUUUCGACAGCUUCCUCUACGACUUCCAGGGCUCUUGCUCCUACCAGCUUGUUGCAGUUUGCUCGCAGACACAAGCGCUGGAACCUUUUGAAAUCCAGGUGUUUGACGGCAACUGUGGGAACAGGUUCUUCUACAGCAAAGACCUUAGCAUUAAAGUCUAUGGGACUGUUCUCGCCAUCAAGAAAGCUUUUCCUUACAGAGUUCAGGUAAAUGGCUUGCAUGCAGCUCUGCCCUACUAUUUCAACACUGACCAAAUAAUCAUCUAUCAAAGUGGUUGGUCUGUGGUGGUGGUGACAGACUUUGGGUUAAAGGUAGCGUUUGACUGGAACAGUGCCAUCACUGUCUCACUGCCCAGCACUUACCAUGGUGCAGUCUGUGGCCUCUGUGGCAAUGCCAACAACGACACCAGUGACGACCUUCUGACCCGCUAUGGAGAGCUGGCGCCAAACCCGCAGGAGUUUGGGGCAAGCUGGCAGAACGAAACGACAUCAGUCUGUGAAUCAAUCUGCAGCCCUGGCCCCAAAGACUGCACCACAGAGCAGGAGCAACAGUUCAAGAUGGAUCAGUAUUGCGGCAUCUUGCUCAAUGCAAUCGGCCCCUUCGCUCAUUGCCACGAUGUGGUUGACCCAGAGCCCUACCUGCGUAACUGUGUCUCGGACUCCUGUGCUUAUGGAGGCCACUUCUCUGCCAUCUGCAAUUCCCUCGCUGCCUACACUGCUGCCUGCCAAGCAUCUGGUGCAACUGUGUACCAGUGGAGGAGUGAUACCUUCUGUGAUGCUGUUUGCCCCAUGAACAGCCAUUACAAUCUGUGUGGCACUGGCUGUCCUGCCACCUGUUCUGGCCUCUCCACCCCUGUUGGAUGCAAUGAAGGAUGUAAAGAAGGCUGCCAGUGUGAUAGCGGAUUUGUCCUCGGUGGAGACGAGUGCGUCCCUCACUCAGAUUGCGGGUGCAUGUAUAAAGACCAAUACUACAGCAAAGGUGUCUUCUACCCAGACGAGCAGUGCGGACUGCAGUGCUUUUGUGAAGAUGGUUCUGUCCAGUGUAACCAGUUCAGCUGCGGCCCCCAGGAACUGUGUGGCGUGAAGGCCGGUGUCCGGGAGUGCCUCCCCAUCGAUCACGGCAAAUGCUUGGCAGUUGGAGACGCAGGUUUUGUCACCUUCGAUGGAUACCAGUUCAGCCACCGUGGAGCCUGUACCUACAUACUGACUAAAUCCCAGGGGCAGGGUUUCGUGAACUUCACAGUGCUUUUGCAGACCAAGACAAACAGCAGCAAGGUUGCCCUGACAAGGAUGGUGGUCUUGCUUGUGCAUGGGUUCAACAUCACAGUUGAGCAGGCUGUGCAGUGGAACGUGAAGGUCAAUGGAGAAGACUUCACUCUUCCCCUGAAGCUAAGCAGAGGUCUGAUCUGGGCCUACCAGGAAGGAGGAAGCAUCGUGCUCUGGACAGACUUUGGACUUCAGCUCGUUUCCAGUUCCUCUCAUUACAUUCAACUCUCCGUUCCUGGGAACUACCGAGAUCGCGUGUCUGGCCUCUGCGGGAACUUUAAUGGCAGAGUCGUGGACGACUUGUUGCUUCCCAGUGGCGCCCUGGCCACAAACCUCCCAGGCUUUGCAGCUGGCUGGACAGUGGCUAACGUUGGAGAGCUUUGCGAGGACGGCUGUGGCCUGAAAUGUCCCUUCUGUGAUCCAGCCCGAAAAACCCUGUACAGCAGCAGCUGUGGACUGAUCAUCUUGGCUAGCGGACCCUUCAGCACCUGCCAGUCUCUAGUGGACCCCAGACCGUAUUUCCAGCUCUGUGUCAAAGCACAGUGUGACACAGCUGGCAGCCCUGGGGCACUUUGCCAAUCUGUGGAAGCCUAUGCGACUGCCUGUCAGGUGGAGGGUGGAAACAUUAAACCAUGGCGACGUGGUGAUUUUUGCAUGCUUCCUUGCAAGCAGAACAGCCAUUUCGAUGUGUGCGCGGACAGCUGCGCAAACACUUGUGCCGGGAUCACCAGCCCGUUUGCCUGCGAGGGGAAGUGCUUGGAAGGGUGUCGGUGUGACGAUGGCUACGUCUUCGAUGGUGACAGAUGUGUGCCUGCGAGUAGCUGUGGCUGUGUGUACGAUGGCAGAUACAUUAAGUUUACUGAGAAGCUGUACAGUAGGGACUGCAGAGAGAGUUGCUGGUGCCACCCGGCAGGAGGUCUGGUCUGUGAGAGCGUGGCUUGUGGGGCGGAGGAAUCCUGCCUGCUCAGAAGCGGAGUGCGAGGAUGCUUUGGGAAGGAAAGCGUGUGCCAGCUGAUCCAGGGCUCGCGGCUGCUCUCCUUUGAUGGGAUGUCCGGGGUGCUCGGAACUGGAUCGCCGUAUGAGCUUGUCUACCUUUGUGACCAGGUUUCUGAGAAGUGGAUCAGGAUCGUCGUCUACAGUGGGCUGUGCAACGGCAUCCGAACGACAAGCUCCUCAACGCUGCACAUCUUCUUGGGCCAGACAAUGAUUACUGUUCAAAAAGAAAAGGUUUGGGUCAAUGGGCGCCCCGUUACCCUUCCAGUGGAUGUUGCCAUUGGGAUUUCAGCCAGCCCUGACCCUAGUGAUGGCGUGGUGGUAAGACAGGGUUCGGAGGUGGAGAUCGGGUUCAGCUCCACUGGGGAUGUGACUGUGAAAAUAAUGUCGUCUUGGUACUCCGGCAAACUCUGUGGUGCUUGCGGCAACCUGAACGGGGAUGCUUCGGAUGAAGUGAUGAAUUCCAAUGAGCCACUCCACUCCUCCUGGAUCGCAAGAGAUUUCUCUCUCUGUCGCCCCUGAGAUAUUGGAAGAUUGACAAAUCCAGAGCACUUUUGCUUAAAACAAGUACCGGUCUUGUCAUUUUGGUGUCUGUAAACUCAUUUAAAAAGCUGUGACUCGCUACAAUAAAAGA